AUGAUGCUGCCAAAGUCACUCUUGUCGAUUCUUGUUCUUGCCAUUUCUCUCACCACAAAAGUUGGUGGAAGUCUGAUGGAUUUUGCCCGCAUCAAAAAUAAUAAUGAGAAUAAUAAUAAUAAUAAUGAUCAGCACCACCGGUCGUUGGAUGCCGCUGAGGAUUGUGUCACUGCUACCAUCGAUCUCAUUGAUCCGUUGAACAAUGUGAGCGGUCUUUGGUUCUUUCCAAACUACUUGGCCCUGAAUUUUGGUGUCUGCAACCUUACCACUGCCAUUUGCGAUUACAAUGAUACCGACUACACGGAGCAAUCACUGUCAGAUUGUAAUGCGGUUGGCGGUAAGAUUCUACAGAGGGAUGUCCGAGUCUGCGUCGAUGAUGUAUCCAAGGUUUCCAAUGCUCCAGCCUUUGCGGACUUGGACUUUGUCAAUGUGGACUUUUGCUUUGCGCAAUCCUGUGACGAGAGCAUUCCCAUGGUCCAAUUGCACCGAGCAUUAUACUUCAAAGCAGAACGGGAAAAGGCACCUGGUACAGAGAAUCCGUAUGCCAAUCUCGAAGCAAGUUCGAAGGGUCUAUGUUUGGAUCCUGAAACGGCGGUUCCCGUCCCAACCGCUUCGCCAAACGCGGACACAUCGGGAGGGGGUGCGGCAUAUAAUGGUUGUAAUACGCUUUCAUCGAUUGGGAUCAUGAUGACUACCGGUACGCUGCUUUGGAAUACCAUUAUGGGAUAA